AUGGAAUACAGUAAUGAAGAAUGUGCAGACAUUCAUAUGUGCUACAGUCGAGCGGAUGGUAAGGCUUGCGAAGCUCGAAGGAUUUAUCAACGAUUACACCCACAACGGAAGAUACCAAAUUCGAAAACAUUUACGAGGAUUCAUCGACGAUUAAGAACUACAGGUGCGUUCUGCCGAACGAAAUCUGGCGGACAUGAUCAACGGGAUCCAGACCUAGUGCAGAAAAUUAUGCAGCACGUAGAAGAGGAUCCAUCCACCAGCACGAGAGACAUUGCUGCAGCAGAAGGUGUCAGCCACAAUACAGUGUGGAGAAUUUUAAAGAGCAACAGAUGCAUCCGUACCAUUUUUAACGGGUCCAAGCAUUAG